GUUAAAAAAGAAACUCAAAACAAAAAGCAGACCAGGUAGCUUUAGGAAACGUGCAAUCUGAAUCUACAAUGGCUGUUUUUGACCUAAUCCUUGUUCAUUAAUCUGACUCCUUUGCCAACCAGUUUUCCUUCAUUUUCCCCUAUUGUGACUCUCUCUUCUUACCACCCAAACAGAGCAUAAACGAUCUCUUACUCCCUCUCUGAUGUGGGAUGAUAUUUACUGUUACAAGUCGAACAGCUUAUAAUAGAGCAGUUUUCCAAUGGGCCAAGAAUUUCGAUUUUGGUGUCCAAUGGAAACACAGAGAUUGCUAUGGCUUGUGGGAGCGAUGUUUCUUGUAAUAAUAACAUUCCAACAUUUUGAGCUACCAUCUGACAAAAUCUUUUCGUUUAUAUCUUCAGUUCAUACAGAUCAAAUAGGAGAAAAUGGUAACUUGUCAACUGAUGGUGCAUUAUCUAAAUCUGAGACAGUUAGUAACAUGACUCAGUUAAAUGGUUUGAACUCUACUGAUGCUGAUCAUGACCAUGAGAGUGCUGAGAAUUAUGGCAAAGAAAAAGAUGCAGACGUAAAUGAGAGCCUUUUAUCAGAAGGUAGUGCAGUCUUAAACAAUUCUUCUGGAAGAGACAGUCAUGAUAGAGACUCUUCACUUCAACAGUUGGUAAAACCAAAUGUACACCCUGCUGUGGAUUCUGUCAACAAGUCCGUGCUGGAAGAAACUCGACAUACUUUUUCUCAAGAAAAUAUCAGUUACCCACCGGAAAACACAACUUCAGAUGUAAGUAAUGACCAUGUAUCAGAAGCAAGGGCAGACUUGAACAACUCUUCUGGGACAGACAACCAUGAUAGAGAGUCUUCAUUUGGACAACUAGCACAGCCAUAUAUACAUUCUACAGUGGAUACUGUCAACAAUUCAAGUUUUAGGCCAAGACCGGAAGUAACUGAACAGAGUUUUUCUGAAGAAAAUUCCAGUUUCUCAUUAGAAAAUACUGGAACCUCAAAUUCUGGUCUUGAAUCUAUUGUGCCAUUAUUACCACCAGCAGAUUCAACACCAAACAUAACAUUCCCAAGGAAUGUGGGGUCUAAUAUUGUACCUCCUGUUUCACAUGUUGAUCCUGACCCAUCUGCUGUGGAUAAAGAUGCAACACCCGGCAUGGACAAUCGUGGAAAAUCAGGCAAACUACAAAAUAAUGUUACGGAAUUGUAUGAUAAUUCUUCUAUGAACACCAUUCUUAAGGUGAAGAAAAAGCCCAAAUUGCCAGCCUCAGGGGUGAUUUCAGUUUCUGAGAUGAACAGCUUACUGCUUCAGAGUUGGUCUUCUCCUGGUUUGGUGAGACCACGAUGGGUUUCAGCAGUUGACCAAGAGCUACUACUUGCAAAAUCACAGAUUGAGAAUGCACCUAUUGUAAAAAAUGAUCCAAUACUUUAUGCUCCUCUUUAUUGGAACAUCUCCAUGUUCAAAAGGAGCUAUGAAUUAAUGGAAGACAUGCUGAAAGUAUAUAUCUACAAGGAAGGAGAAAGGCCCAUUGUCCAUCAGCCAGUACUCAAGGGUAUAUAUGCUUCAGAGGGAUGGUUCAUGAAGCUGAUGGAGGCUAGCAAAAAAUUUGUUACCAAAAAACCAAGAAAAGCCCACCUGUUUUACUUGCCGUUUAGUUCUCGAAACCUAGAGUUGCAAUUAUAUGUGCCUAAUUCACAUAAUCAUAAGAACCUCAUGCAAUAUUUAAAGAACUACUUGGACACUAUCGUGGCAAAAUAUCCUUUCUGGAACAGAACUGAAGGAGUGGAUCAUUUUCUUGUUGCUUGUCAUGACUGGGCCCCAGCUGAAACAAAACAGCUUAUGUCUAACUGCAUAAGAGCGCUUUGCAAUGCUGAUGUUAAAGAAGGUUUUGUUUUUGGUAAGGACGUGUCUCUUCCAGAGACAAAUGUACUUAUGCCCCAGAAUCCUCUUAGAGGUCUUGGUGGCAAACCUCCUUCACAGAGGCCAAUCCUGGCUUUCUUUGCAGGUGGCUUGCACGGCUAUCUACGACCAAUGCUGUUGAAGCACUGGGCAAACAAAGAUCCAGACAUGAAAAUAUUUGGUUGGAUGCCCAAGGUUCGAGGCAAAAUGAGCUAUGCCCAGUACAUGAAGAGCAGCAAGUACUGUAUUUGUGCCAGAGGUUAUGAAGUCAAUAGUCCACGAAUCGUGGAGGCUAUUAUGUAUGAGUGUGUUCCAGUUAUUAUAUCAGACAAUUAUGUGCCACCAUUUUUUGAGGUUUUGAACUGGGAAUCAUUUGCUGUUUUCGUCUUGGAGAAGGACAUUCCAAAUUUGAAGAACAUACUCCUUUCAAUCCCAGAGAAAAGGUAUAGAGUGAUGCAGAUGAGAGUCAAAAAGGUGCAGCAGCAUUUUCUUUGGCAUGCUCGGCCUGUGAAAUAUGAUCUCUUUCAUAUGAUACUUCACUCUGUUUGGUACAAUAGAGUUUUUCAAAGCCAGCCCUGAUAAAUAAGAAAAAGAAUAAAUGCAGAUGUAGAAACUGUUUUUUCUGGAAGUAAAAGCAGGUCGUGAAGACAGAUGGAUGUUGAAAAAGUUUGGUUGUACAAAUAUAGCAUUGGUUACAUUGUUUUACUGCACAUAAAUUUCCUUUCCUUUGCUGUAUAUGCUAAGUUCUCUUAUUCUUGUAAAGGGUUAAAAAUUCACCCAGUUGAACAUUUGUUAAAUCCAAUAAACUUGUAGCUCAUAUUUAUGUUGAAAUAAAGAUUUGAGGCGCUAUAGCAUACCUUACA